AUGCAUCCCACAACCACAGAGCACGACUACCGCUUUCCGCGAAGACCCGAUGCCACAGCCAUGACUGACGACGUCUCGACCGACUCCAGCCCGCGCGCUACCCUCGCUGCCAACAACUCUUCCGACACUGCCUCCCAGUCUUCUCGCGCUCUCGACCUCGAAAGAUCUUUUUCCAAACAUGAUAAUUUAUUCGGCGAAGCGCUGUUUCCCACCCUCCGCGAUGGCGAUGGCGCCUCCGGCGCCAACCUCGACCAGAUGCAAUCCGACGAUCCUCUCGCCGCCCAAGUCUGGAAGUUCUUCAGGAAGACCAAGCAGAAUCUCCCUAACCAGCAGCGCAUGGAAAAUCUUACUUGGCGCAUGAUGGCUCUCAGCAUGCGCAAAAAGCAGCAAGAGCAGCGCAGUCGACAAAACAGCAUUACCCGUCCAGGCGCCCAGUCUGGUCCCAGCGGGAUUGCUCAGCUUCGAAAAUCCUCUCAGGCCAACGCUGCUGCUGUGCCCCAGAACCCAGACCAAAUGAACAUUGACGAGUUCAUCUUUCCAGAGCAGACCGGCUCGCCUGCCGGCUUUGCUCCAUCCCACAUGUCUGACUCCGUGUCUGCCGGCCAGCCCUCGGGCAUUCCCAUACAUCAGCAACCAAGGAACGAUGCGCUCGGUAGCGCCUUUGUUCCUCAGUCUGUUCCCGAUGCGCCUCACCUUCAACAUCGUGACAACAGCGAGUUCAACUAUGUUCAGCGCCGUGUCCGCAAGACCAGUAUAGACGAGCGCCAGACGAGAAAACGUCCUGCCAACUUUUCUCCCCAUAUCGGUGCUGUCGGUGCUGCCGCUGGCCCCGCUAGCCAUGAACUCGAUAACGACGCAGACAUUCAUGGCUAUUCCCUUGAAGGCCACGGCCAAAGUCACAUCAACAUGCCUCAGCAGUUGCCCAUCGACCAGUUUGGCCUCGACUUUAUGCCCAACGAGAAUGUCAUGAACAGUUCCCAGUUUCAGCAAAACUUUGGCUUUUCUCCUUCCACCUCACCAAUGGUCUCCAACGGUCCCCUCUCGUCUUUUAACAACUCCAUGGCACCAUCCUCGCUUAACACCACUGACUUUUACUCGCCCCCCGCCUCUGCCUACCCCUCCGCUGUCUCGACCCCGCAUGGCAUGGAUACAGACCACUUCUCUUUCAGCCCGCAAGAUGCCCGUCAGCACGCUCAUGGCUUUCAGCAGCAGAACAUGGACCACUCCCAAGCCAUGCACCCCGAAACCGGUCUCGUGUCACCCACCAUUCCCAUGAAUCAAGAUGGCUUGUUUUCUUUCGGGGGUGAUUCGGACGAGGACGACGGGAGCAAUGGCAUGAACAGUAUGCAGGGUGAUUUUACCGCUGCAGUUGAAGAGUUUAGCACGCACUCUGCCCGGUAUCCCGGUGGGCCUCCGCGCAAGCAAGUUGUCAUUGGGGGCACUACCACGGACUACGUCGAGUCUAAUAACGAAGACACCGUCGGUGACACCGUUGGUGGACUGGGCAGAUCGCAAUCUUUCAAGUCAUCUGGCGCGCGACACACCAAGCUGCCACGAACCGCUUCUACGCCCUCCCACAUGGCCUCGAAGCACAACGGCUUCGAACAGAUUGCGCACUCGUUGCCCACCUCGCCGCAUAAUGAAGUCGCUGGUAAUAUGUCUGGCUUCUCCUCUGUGGCACCCAGCCGGCCAUCUUCCCCACCGGCAUCAAAGCCCGGCUCAACUACCAACUUGCAAGCCGCCACUGGCAACCAGGCUGAAGGCGGCAAUCCCACAACCUGCACCAACUGUUUUACGCAAACGACUCCACUGUGGCGACGAAACCCCGAGGGUCAGCCAUUGUGCAACGCUUGUGGCCUGUUCUUAAAGCUUCACGGCGUCGUGCGACCUCUUAGUCUCAAGACGGACGUUAUCAAGAAGCGCAAUCGUGGCUCCGGCAACAAUGCUGGCGGUCGUGGCAAGAAGGGCGCGGGAUCUGCCACUGCCUCACGCAAGAACUCCUCACUUUCGAUUGCCAACUCGGCGCCAUCUGGCCAGCAGACACCGACCAACCCCACUAGCCAACGCCCCGGCACCAGUCACAAGGAAGAGAGCCCCGCGUCUGUCGGUAGCCCGUUCGGCGCCCAAGCAGCCGGUGGCAAGGGAGUUGUACCUAUUGCCGCCGCUCCUCCCAAGUCAUCACCUGGCCCAGGUGCAUCCGCCUCGGCCAUGCUCAUGGCUCGCCCUCCUCCUAAUACCUCCUCUAAACGACAGCGCAGACACAGCAAGAGCGACGGCACCGUCUCGGUCAUGGAUAUCGACGGCGGCUUUUCGAGCCCUCACGACGGCACCAGAUCCCUUGGUACGACGCCCAGCAUGCCAUCCAUCUCGUCCACCAUGAUGUCUGCAGGCUAUGGCAUGUCGCAGCGUCCGCUUAUGGCAGCGCCGGGACCUAUGGGUCAAUCCAAUGCCGGCAUGAAUUCUAACGGUAACCCUGCUGGCCCGCAGGAAUGGGAGUGGCUCACAAUGAGUCUAUAA